UUUUAACACGAAAGCCAUAACUCAAGACCAGUAGAGUAUUGAAAUAUGCUUCCAACACUAAAAGCUUCAGGAACUUUUAUUCUGGAGGUAUUUACUGUAUUAGGAGCACUGGCCGCUUCCUUUUUGGUUGAAAAACGAUUUCUUUGUGCUCCGAGAAUGAUAUUUGUGUUUCAACAAACGUUUAUGCUGAUUUAUAUAAUUUUCUUCCUGAAUUACUUUAAUAUCGACAAGCAAACUGACGAGCAGGUCGCGUCUCAUAUGUGUUUGUUCGAAGUCUUUGCAACAUUAUUCGUCAAUAUAAUUUACCUUUCAAUGCUUCAUCUCUCAGCUGUCGAAUCUGGGCUCUCUUUCCUGGCGAUAACAGUGUUUCUACUCGCCGCCUUCUUCACAUUUGCCUUUUUUAGUAUUUGUCAAUGGGUGAUUGAAGAUCCAUUAGCUUUAUUGGCAAGUAGAUUGUUUAGUUAUCAAAUAGUUCAAAUAUUCCUUUUCCUUUUUUGUACUAUUUCUGUUAUUCGUCUGACGAUGCGACAAGACAGGGAGAAAACAAAACCACUUCGAACAUUUGUUCCAUAUUACAUUAUAACAUAUUUCUCGGUGAUAUUGUUUAUUAUCACACCAAAAGUUGUAUUUCUCCUUGCUGUUCUAUUGAAGGUCACUGAGGAUGAUGAAGUUUUGUCAGGAGCAUUACGUGCAAUACUAUUCAUUAGUCCGUUUUAUAAUUGGAUUUUUGUAAUACUAAUCAAUUGUCAAGAUCCUGAAAAAAGGACUGAGUUGAAGAAAUCAAUUGAGCGAGCUCUUCGUGGAAUAAAAACCGGUCCAGUACCUCGUAUCAACGUUCAAGAACCAACGAGCAGUUCGAAUUUGCCAUCACGAAGCCAUAUUGCUUUGAACCUUAUGAAAAACCCACUAAAUUCAUUCAACAAACUACAACGACAAUCUACAAUUCCCGCCGGAGAAAUGCCCCCACAAAGUAGUUUGAUGGUUCCAAGAGAGCAAAGAUAUUUGGCUUCUGCUGAACAAGAAGACAUCGAACAAGUUUCGUCUCCUCAGGAAAUUUUGAGUUCGCGAAGUUCCGAGGAGAGAGGAUUUAUGACUGUUGCAUUGCUCAGAAGGGCAUCUCAAAUGAGUCAAAGAUUUCAAAGUAUACGUGGUGACACACCUCGUACUGAUUCAGCACGUUCACAUAAUACACCCACACCCAGGUCUCCAAAAAAUCCAGAAGCUGCAAAUGAUCAGACCAAUGUCACGUCGUCAUCAACACAACAAGCACCUUCUCCUCGACCACUUGACGUUUCUCAACUUCUCGGAUUCUUCAUAACAUCUUCAACUUCAUCAUUGACAAUGACUGUUCCAGUAAGAAACAAGAGAACGAUAGAAAGAAUUCAGGAAGUUUUGAGUCAAAAAGAUCGCCCUCCGCUGAAUAUUUCCUGAUUAAUGUGUGAAACAUUUCCUUUUAUAAAAUGUAUUUUCUCUAGAAUAGUGAAUGAUGAAUAAUCAAAGAUAUUUUUUCAUUUUUCCCCUAUUUUCAUUUUCCCAUAGAUGUGUGUCACUCCGUGUACUUUUUCCCGUAGAGUUUGGAAUAAAGAC